ACGGGACCCCGGUUGCGGGAUUUGGCGUCGCUCACCUCCUUCCUUGGAGCUCGGGCAUUGCCUCUGCAACGCUGUGCACGCUUCUUGGGGUCCGACCGGCUGCGUUCUCAGGUCUUUUGCCCGCUGUCCCGGCCUCCCGCCGCGCGAUGCCCCAGCUCGGGCUCCUGCCCGGGAGGGCUUGGGCUGCGCUGCUCGGCCAGCUCCUGCGGCCUCCCCGGGUUGUGUGCCUCGGGGCGGCCCGUUCUCAUAGCCAGGUUGCAGAGGCAGUACUAGCGUCCCAACUGAAACCACAUCAAGAGAAGUCAAAUUUUAUUCUCAAGACCCCAAAGGGCACCAGAGAUUUUAGUCCCCAGCAGAUGGUUGUGAGGGAGAAAAUACUUGAUAUAAUUGUUAGCUGCUUUAAACGUCAUGGAGCAAAAGGGUUGGAUACCCCAGCAUUUGAGCUAAAGGAGAUGCUCACUGAGAAGUAUGGCGAGGACUCUGGGCUCAUCUAUGAUCUGAAGGAUCAGGGUGGAGAGCUAUUGUCCCUGCGCUAUGACCUUACUGUUCCUUUUGCGCGUUAUAUGGCCAUGAAUAAACUGAAGAAGAUGAAACGCUACCAUGUUGGAAAGGUGUGGCGGCGGGAGAGCCCAACCAUAGUCCAAGGCCGCUACAGGGAAUUCUGCCAAUGUGAUUUUGACAUUGCUGGUGAUUUUGACCCCAUGAUCCCUGAUGCAGAGUGUUUGAAGAUCAUCUGUGAAAUUCUAACUGGAUUGCAGCUGGGGGACUUUCUCAUUAAGGUCAACGACCGGCGGAUUUUGGAUGGGAUGUUUGCCAUCUGUGGUGUUCCAGAAAGCAAGUUCCGUACCAUUUGCUCCUCCAUAGACAAAUUAGACAAGAUAUCUUGGGAAGAUGUGAGACAUGAGAUGGUGACAGAGAAAGGCCUGGCUCCUGAAGUGGCUGACCGAAUUGGGGACUAUGUCCAAUGUCAUGGUGGGCUGUCCCUGGUAGAGCAAAUGCUCCAGGAUCCCAGACUGUCUCAGAGCAAGCAGGCCCUGGAGGGCCUGGGGGAUCUAAAGCUGCUCUUUGAAUACCUGACUCUAUUUGGAAUUGCAGAGAAGAUCUGCUUUGAUCUGAGCCUGGCUCGGGGCUUGGACUACUAUACAGGAGUGAUCUAUGAAGCAGUGCUGCUGCAGACCCCAGCUCCUGCUGAGGAAGAGCCCUUGAAUGUGGGCAGUGUGGCUGCUGGUGGGCGCUAUGAUGGGCUGGUGGGCAUGUUUAACCCCAAAGGCCACAAGGUGCCAUGUGUGGGGCUCAGCAUUGGGGUAGAGCGAAUCUUCUCCAUUGUGGAGCAGAGGAUGAAGACUUUUGGUGAGAAGAUACGGACCACAGAGACCCAAGUGUUUGUGGCCACUCCACAGAAGAACUUUCUCCAAGAACGGUUGAAGCUAAUUGCAGAGCUUUGGGAUGCUGGGAUCAAGGCAGAGCUGCUGUAUAAGAACAACCCUAAAUUACUAACGCAACUGCACUACUGUGAGAACAUGGGCAUUCCACUGGUAGUCAUUAUUGGUGAGCAAGAGCUGAAGGAAGGCAUCAUCAAGCUCCGUUCAGUGGCCACCAGGGAGGAGGUGGCCAUUAAACGGGAAAAUAUUGUGGCUGAAAUUCAGAAGCGACUAUUCGAGUCUUGAUCCUUUCCUGAUUGCCAUCUGCUGCUCUUUGUAGAAAAUGUUUCAUCUAGGACUGAGUUUCUGAUGGGCUUCUCAACAGCUGGCCAGGAUGGGUGACAAGUGCCUCUGCCUCCUCCAUCCUUCCUGGGUACAGAACUAUAGAAAGCCCUGAGGACGCCUGGGCUAUUGUGAGCAGCUAUUCUGCAUGGGCGCAGAUGGCUGGUAUGUGAAAGAGACAUGCUCUAACUGCAGAGACAGAUGACAGAUUUCAUGUACCAUUGGAAUGCUGCCAAGAGGUGCUAAGGUGCUUGCUGUGAGCAAGGCUCUGAGAAAGUCACCUCUGGCUGGGAGGAUUCUGAACCAUUGAGAUCAGAAGUCAGAUACUUAGCUUUCCACUGUGGCUUCUGAACCAGAUUCUGGGAAAUUUGUCCACAACCUGCUAUUGGCCUGUCCAGUUUUGGGGGAGACAAUGAUGUGGGGCAAAUGGCUGCUGUCUACUUUGUUUGAGAACAGAGAUGCUAUCACAAGGGCAUAGCAAUGACAAUAUUGAUGUGGUAUGUCUCUAGCCCAUCCACUGUUAACAAUAGGAUGAGGCUGUUUAAUAAUUUUGAAUAUUGAACUUAAUAGGUGACCUAACAAGAUGGAGAUUUGAUCUUUUGAGGUUUUGGAGACCACUUCUUGUGCCAGAAUCUCUGCUCUGUUUCAUGUCCUGCCAUGGAGGUGGCUAUUCUAGAAAUGGUUAGAUAAUAUAUUAAAUAAAAUAUUUAAUGUAGUAGUUUGGGUAGUUUGUUAUCAAGGGAUUGUUUUGCAUAGAACACAGAAAAUGCUUGAGUGCACACUAAGAAUUCUAAAUCUUUUUUUCUUAUUGUUAACCCUCAUCUGAGGAUAUUUCCAUUGAAUUUUAGAGAGAGUGGAGGGGAGGGGGAAAGACAGAAACAUCGAUGUAAGAGAGUCACAUCAAUUGGUUGCCUUCCACAUGCCCGUGGACCAGGGCCGGCAGGGAUCGAGCCCUUGACAGGAAAUGAACCCAGGGCCCUUCAGUCUAAAGGCGAUGGGUCUAUCCACUGAGCAAAACUGGCUAGGAAGAGAAUUCUAACUCUUGAGCAAGGAGUAACCUCCCUGGGGUGAUGCUCUGUAUUCAGUGAAGGAAGCAGCCAUAGUUCCUCCAACCCCCAACUUGGAGAUACACUUACGUCACUAAAUCAACAGUGAGCCAUCUGCCAGAGUUCAUCACCCUAGAGCAGUGGUUCUCAACCUUCCUAAUGCUGCGACCCUUUAAUACAGUUCCUCAUGUUGUGGUGACCCCCCAACCAUAAAAUUAUUUUCAUUGCUCCUUCAUAACUGUAAUUUUGCUACUGUUAUGAAUUGUAAUGUAAAUAUCUGAUAUGCAGGAUGUAUUUUCAUUUACAAAUUGAACAUAAUUAAAGCAUAGUGAUUAAUCACAAAAACAAUAUGUAAUUAUAUAUGUUUUCCGAUGGUCUUAGGCGACCCCUGUGGAAGGGUCGUUCGACCCGCAAAGGGGUCGCGACCCUCAGCGUGAGAACCGCUGCCCUAGAGUGUUGUUGCUAACUGACCUUCCCAAAUAUAAUUAUGUUGAUUAAAUUUGACCAUAGGUUGGCUGUAAUCCUCAGUUGAGGGAAAGUGAGUUAACUAUAGAGUGAUAGCAUUGCUUCAAGAUAAUGAGACAAAGGUACGAAAAGCACUUACAUGUGUGCACUGGGAAGGUGCAGCCUUUGCAAACACUUAGGUGUUGGGGAGGGGGCGGCAUAUCUUUAGUCCCUUCUGGUAAAUAGGGCAUCUGAAGCCUUUAAUAACAGCGCUUCUGCCUUAAAGGUUUAGAAACUCUUGGCAAUGCAUGCAAGUUAAUUAGAUCAGAGGGCACGGAUCCGCAGGUCCCUCGUUUGUAAAACAGAUGAAUUGAACUUUCAGGGUUGUUUCCGUAGGCCAGAGCAAAAA